AUGUGUCGACGAUGAUGAUGGCAAGAAAGCAAGAUGUCCGCAUUCCCACCUACAACAUCAGUGUGGUGGGAUUGUCUGGGACCGAGAAGGAGAAGGGCCAGUGCGGCAUUGGGAAGUCUUGCCUGUGCAACCGCUUCGUGCGCCCGAGUGCUGAUGAGUUUCACUUGGACCAUACCUCUGUCCUCAGCACCAGUGACUUUGGCGGGCGAGUGGUCAAUAAUGACCACUUUCUCUACUGGGGAGAAGUUAGCCGUUCCCUGGAGGAUUGUGUGGAAUGUAAGAUGCACAUUGUGGAGCAGACUGAGUUCAUCGAUGAUCAGACUUUUCAACCUCAUCGAAGCACGGCCCUGCAGCCCUAUAUCAAGAGAGCUGCUGCAACCAAGCUCGCAUCAGCUGAAAAACUCAUGUACUUUUGCACUGACCAGCUGGGGCUGGAGCAGGACUUUGAGCAGAAACAAAUGCCAGAUGGAAAGCUGCUGAUUGAUGGUUUUCUUCUUGGUAUUGACGUUAGCAGGGGCAUGAAUAGGAACUUUGAUGACCAGCUCAAGUUUGUGUCCAAUCUCUACAAUCAGCUUGCAAAAACAAAAAAGCCCAUAGUGGUGGUCCUGACCAAGUGUGAUGAGGGCGUUGAGCGGUACAUUAGAGAUGCACAUACUUUUGCCUUAAGCAAAAAGAACCUCCAGGUUGUGGAGACCUCAGCAAGAUCCAACGUAAACGUGGACUUGGCUUUCAGCACCUUAGUGCAACUCAUUGAUAAAAGUCGGGGAAAGACGAAAAUCAUUCCUUAUUUUGAAGCUCUCAAGCAGCAGAGUCAGCAGAUAGCUACAGCAAAAGACAAGUAUGAGUGGCUGGUGAGUCGCAUUGUGAAAAACCACAACGAGAAUUGGCCGAGUGUCAGCCGAAAGAUGCAGGCCUCUCCUGAGUACCAGGACUAUGUCUACCUGGAAGGUACUCAGAAAGCCAAGAAGCUGUUUCUCCAGCACAUCCACCGCCUCAAGCACGAGCACAUUGAGCGCAGGAGAAAGCUGUACCUCGCAGCCCUGCCGUUAGCCUUUGAAGCUCUUAUACCCAAUUUAGAUGAAAUAGACCACCUAAGCUGCAUAAAAACCAAAAAGCUCUUGGAGACCAAGCCAGAAUUCCUGAAGUGGUUUGUUGUGCUCGAAGAGACACCGUGGGAUGCCACCAGCCACAUUGACAACAUGGAGAAUGAGCGGAUUCCCUUUGACUUGAUGGAUACCGUCCCCGCCGAGCAGCUGUACGAGGCCCACUUAGAGAAGCUGCGGAACGAGAGGAAAAGAGCUGAGAUGAGAAGGGCAUUUAAAGAAAACCUGGAGACCUCUCCCUUCAUAACUCCCGGAAAGCCUUGGGAAGAGGCCCGUAGUUUUAUUAUGAACGAAGAUUUCUACCAGUGGCUGGAAGAAUCCGUAUACAUGGAUAUUUAUGGCAAACACCAAAAGCAAAUUAUAGACAGAGCAAAGGAAGAGUUUCAGGAGCUGCUUUUGGAAUAUUCAGAGUUGUUUUAUGAGCUGGAGCUGGAUGCUAAGCCCAGCAAGGAGAAGAUGGGUGUCAUUCAGGAUGUUCUGGGGGAGGAACAGCGAUUUAAAGCAUUACAGAAGCUCCAAGCGGAGCGUGAUGCCCUUAUCCUGAAGCACAUUCAUUUUGUGUAUCACCCAACCAAGGAAACGUGCCCUAGCUGCCCAGCUUGUGUGGAUGCUAAGAUCGAGCACUUGAUUAGUUCUCGGUUUAUCCGACCAUCUGACCGGAAUCAGAAAAAUUCACUGUCUGACCCCAACAUUGAUAGGAUCAACUUGGUUAUCUUAGGCAAAGAUGGCCUCGCACGUGAGUUGGCCAAUGAGAUUCGAGCUCUCUGUACAAAUGAUGAUAAGUAUGUGAUAGAUGGUAAAAUGUAUGAGCUUUCCCUAAGGCCGAUAGAAGGGAAUGUCAGGCUUCCUGUGAACUCUUUCCAAACGCCAACAUUUCAGCCCCACGGCUGCCUCUGCCUUUACAAUUCAAAGGAAUCUCUAUCCUAUGUGGUGGAGAGUAUAGAGAAGAGUAGAGAGUCCACACUUGGCAGGCGAGAUAACCAUUUAGCCCAUCUUCCCCUGACGUUGAUCUUAGUUAACAAGAGAGGAGACACCAGUGGAGAGACCCUGCAUAGCCUAAUACAACAAGGUCAGCAGAUUGCUAGCAAACUUCAGUGUGUCUUUCUCGACCCUGCUUCUGCUGGCAUCGGUUAUGGACGCAACAUUAAUGAAAAGCAAAUCAGUCAAGUUUUGAAGGGACUCCUGGACUCCAAGCGUAACUUAAACCUGGUCAGUUCUACUGCUAGCAUCAAAGAUCUGGCUGACGUUGACCUGCGAAUUGUCAUGUGUCUGAUGUGUGGAGAUCCUUUCAGUGCAGAUGACAUACUCUAUCCUGUCCUUCAGUCCCAGACCUGUAAGUCUUCCCAUUGUGGAAGCAACAACUCUGUUUUACUUGAACUACCGAUCGGACUCCACAAGAAGCGCAUUGAGCUGUCUAUUCUUUCGUACCAUUCCUCAUUUAGCAUCAGAAAAAGCCGGUUGGUCCAUGGGUACAUUGUUUUUUAUUCAGCCAAACGUAAGGCCUCCUUGGCUAUGUUACGUGCCUUUCUUUGUGAAGUGCAGGAUAUUAUCCCCAUUCAGUUGGUCGCACUCACUGACGGCGCUGUAGAUGUCCUGGACAAUGACUUAAGUCGGGAACAGCUGACCGAAGGGGAGGAGAUUGCUCAAGAGAUUGACGGGAGGUUCACAAGCAUCCCUUGUAGCCAACCCCAGCACAAACUUGAGAUCUUCCACCCAUUUUUUAAGGAUGUGGUGGAUAAAAAGAACAUAAUCGAGGCUACUCAUAUGUACGAUAACGCUGCCGAGGCCUGUAGCACCACGGAAGAGGUGUUUAACUCCCCCCGAGCGGGCUCUCCACUCUGCAACUCCAACCUGCAGGAUUCAGAAGAGGAUAUCGAGCCCCCUUCUUAUAGCUUGUUUCGAGAAGACACGUCACUGCCCUCUCUGUCCAAAGACCAUUCUAAGCUCUCUAUGGAACUGGAGGGAAAUGAUGGGCUGUCGUUCAUCAUGAGCAAUUUUGAGAGUAAACUGAACAACAAAGUACCUCCACCAGUCAAACCAAAGCCUCCUGUCCAUUUUGAAAUCACAAAGGGGGAUCUGUCUUAUUUAGACCAAGGCCAUAGAGAUGGGCAGAGGAAGUCUGUGUCUUCUAGCACCUGGCUACCUCCGGAUGGGUUUGAUCCUUCUGAUUACGCUGAACCCAUGGAUGCUGUGGUCAAGCCAAGGAACGAAGAAGAAAACAUAUAUUCAGUGCCCCAUGACAGCACCCAAGGCAAAAUCAUCACCAUUCGGAAUAUCAACAAAGCCCAGUCCAACGGCAGUGGCAACGGUUCCGACAGUGAAAUGGACACCAGCUCUCUAGAGCGAGGCCGCAAGGUGUCCAUCGUGAGCAAGCCCGUGCUGUACAGGACGAGAUGCAGCCGGCUAGGAAGGUUUGCUAGUUAUCGAACCAGCUUCAGUGUGGGGAGUGAUGAUGAGCUAGGGCCCAUUCGGAAAAAAGAGGAGGAUCAGGCAUCUCAAGGUUAUAAAGGGGACAAUGCCGUCAUUCCAUAUGAAACAGACGAAGACCCAAGGAGGAGGAAUAUUCUUCGCAGUCUACGGAGGAACACUAAGAAACCAAAGCCCAAACCCCGGCCGUCCAUCACAAAGGCAACCUGGGAGAGUAACUAUUUUGGGGUGCCCUUGACAACUGUCGUGACUCCAGAGAAGCCCAUCCCUGUGUUUAUUGAGAGAUGUAUUGAGUACAUUGAAGCCACAGGACUGAGCACAGAAGGGAUCUACCGGGUCAGCGGGAAUAAGUCGGAGAUGGAGAGUCUGCAGAGACAGUUUGAUCAAGACCACAACCUGGAUUUGGCAGAGAAAGACUUUACAGUGAAUACCGUGGCUGGUGCCAUGAAGAGCUUUUUCUCAGAGCUGCCAGACCCCCUGGUCCCGUACAACAUGCAGAUUGAUCUGGUGGAGGCACACAAAAUCAAUGACCGGGAGCAGAAGUUGCAUGCCCUUAAGGAAGUACUCAAGAAAUUUCCAAAGGAAAACCACGAAGUCUUCAAAUACGUCAUCUCUCACCUGAACAAAGUCAGCCACAACAACAAGGUGAAUCUCAUGACCAGUGAGAACCUCUCCAUCUGCUUCUGGCCCACCUUGAUGAGACCCGACUUCAGCACCAUGGACGCCCUCACGGCCACGCGGACCUACCAGACAAUCAUCGAGCUCUUCAUCCAGCAGUGCCCCUUCUUCUUCCACAAUCGGCCCAUCAGUGAGCCUCCCGGUGCCACGCCCAGCUCCCCCUCCGCCGUGGCUUCCACCGUCCCCUUCCUCACCUCCACACCUGUCACGAGUCAGCCGUCACCCCCCCAGUCGCCUCCACCCACGCCCCAGUCUCCCAUGCAGGCCCUGCUCCCCUCCCAGCUGCAAGCCGAACACACGCUGUGAGCCACCGAGGCCUGGGGCCAAAGGUGACCUUCUCUCUUCCGCGGGGUGGCAUGUGGCCUUGAACAAAACCAGGUCCACUGGGGUAGGAGUGGGGAGAGUGUCCCCUCUCCCCUGUUACCUUCUCAAGACCUCAGCGGUAGCACCAGCCCCAGUCCACACCUUGUGCUGGGCCAUCAGGCUCCCUGAGCCCAGCGCUGCAGACCCCGGAGCUGGCCGUAGGCAGCAGCCAGAGGGCGCCCUGCUCUCUGACUUGGACCUUCUUGAGAACUGAACUGGCCAGGCAGUGGCCCCCGUGACCCUCUACACGCUCACUGCUCCCCAGACCACUUACCCCGCCUGCCCGUGCACAGCGGCCUCAGGGCAUCGUUCACCGCUUGGACAGAGCCCUGGCCUCUGCCAGUGGAAGCAGGUUCUGAGAUUUGGGCUGUCCCGGGGCGGGGUCAGCGGUCCCUGCAGAAAACAAUUCCCGUCCGUUUUGUCCACCUCUUUCCACCUUCCGCGUCUGCACUUCCACCCCCGUCAGGGUGGCACCUGUCCGGUGGCGGCCUCGGGAAUGCACGGGCCGUGGCUCUGUCAACCCAAGGUACCGUGCUGAGGGUGUAGCCCCUGCAGGUCAGAACCGGGGGAGGGCGGCUGUGUGCCCGGACCAAGAGCGUGGGACUCCCCUCCACUUGCACACGCCCCCUCCCUCUUCACAGGAUCUGGCCUACGUUCCCUUUAAAACGAGGGAACUCUGGAAGAAAAACGGAAAACCCCUCCAAUAACUCACAAAAGAAAAAGGAAGAAAAUCCAGAUCUCAAGACUGAGCUCUCCUCCCACCUCUCGGAGAGGCAAACGGGGGGCGGGGGGCCCUUGCCUUGGUAAAGGCGAAACAGGGAUGCCCAGGGGUGGCUGCCAGGAAAGCCGUUGGGGUCCCACUGAUACCCUGUCAGCAGAUCCCCUUUUCCCAAGAAGACAGUUUAAGCCCUUAGUGGGAGAGCUUGGGAGACCAGCCUGGAUCCUGGUCUGCUUUGAAACACUACAGUGCUGUGGAAACACUAUUCUGUGCGGGGUGUGGGUGUGGGUGUGUGUGUGUGUGUGUGUGUCCCUGUUAGGGUGCAGCUGGGGGCACCUGGGGCUUGGUUUAGUCCUCCUCAUCCCGGGCCACCGAACACCACCAACCCAGUGCUUAGGGCACUUCGUGGGAAGUGGGUGACAUACGGGGGAGUGUGGUCCGGGUUCCUGUACAGGGACUCGGGGCCUGGGGGAGCAGAAGUCACAGGAGCAGUCGGAGUCAUGAGGAGGGUGCCGGGCCUGCCCGUCACUACAAGCCCCGUGGCUUUCCCCGGCCCUUCCUGGGAAAUGGCCUUCUCCUCAGCCUCCAUGCCCUUCCCACCUUCCCACUGGGAACCCUUGGAGUGCCCACCCGUCUCUCCAGUGCAGCGGCCGUGCUAAGGCUGCUACAGAUACUGGCUGCCCUCCACUCCUCGUGGCUGGGCCGGGGCCUCUGCAGCGGGGGAGCCUGGCACAAAGGUGCCCCGGGCCCAGGUCGUGGGGUUCGGGGCCCUGCGUGCCACACAGCCUCCGGGCCUCUUUGCACUUUAAGAAGCAACGCCUGUGGUGGGUUCCCCGACGCCCUGGGUCCCCUCAGCCGGUGGCCUGACAAAAAGCUGCCUCGGUCUGGCCCCAAAAACUUCCUGUUGGCCGUGGGGGGGGGGGGGGGGAGGCCUGUGCUCGCCGACUGCUCCCUCU